AAGUACUGACCAAGGACGAUCAUUUAAAAAUUAUACUCAUACAGAGUAGCUUUUCAUUUUACACAAGAAUCAUCAGUUUAAACAGUCAAGACAAAAAGCCAAAGUCAUGUGGAAGUUCUCUCCUUUAGAAAUAUGGCAAAGGAAUCGACGCAGGCAUGUGAAGAACCCCAAAGAGCUGAAACUAUGGCCUCACCAGCUGGCACUGCUGAGAGACCACAGCGUGGUGGUGUCUCUUGCCAAGCAGAAUGCGAAGAUGGCGAGCCUACUCCCGACAGACACCGAUGUGUUCCGCCGUUUCACGCCGGAGUCGCUGGUUGAGAUCGAGAAGCGGAUGGCUGAGGAAGCGGCCGAGCAGGAGCGGAAAAAGGCCCUGAACAUCGAAGUGGAUGAGGAAGACCUUCCCAAACCCAACAGUGACCUGGAAGCUGGAAAGGUCUUGCCUUUCAUCUACGGAGAUCCCCCUCCAGAACUGCUGAACGUGCCCCUCGAGGAUCUGGACCCUUUCUACAAAGCAAAGAAAACAUACAUUGUGAUUGCCAAAGGGAAUGUACUCUACAGGUUCAAUGCUGAACCUGCCUGCUACAUGCUAAGCCCCUUCAGCAAAAUUCGAGGCAUAGCAACCAGGAUCCUCAUACACUCAUUGUUUAGUAUGUUCAUCAUGGUUACCAUUCUGUCAAACUGUGUGUUUAUGACAAUGAGUGACCCUCCUGAAUGGAGCAAAACUGUAGAGUAUGUCUAUACUGGUAUCUACACCUUUGAGGCAAUGACAAAAGUGUUGGCCAGAGGAUUCGUUAUUGGAGAUUUCACGUGCCUUCGAGAUCCAUGGAACUGGCUUGACUUCAUGGUGAUAACUAUGGCGUACGUCACAGAAUUCGUCGACCUGGGCAAUGUGUCUGCCCUCAGGACAUUCCGCGUCCUUCGUGCCUUGAAAACAAUCACUGUGAUCCCUGGUUUAAAAACCAUUGUUGGCGCCCUUAUCCAAUCAGUGAAGAAACUGGCGGACGUCAUGAUCCUCACUGUGUUCUGUCUCGGCGUCUUUGCCCUGAUUGGACUGCAGCUCUUUAUGGGCAAUCUGCGACAUAAGUGUGUUUUGUGGCCUCCCUAUGACUUGAACAACAGUUUAGUCUCAAAUGGCAUGCCUAGUGAAAACAGCACUUUUGAUUUUGACAGCUACAAACAAAGUCCAGAAAACUACUACUACCGUCCUGGCCAAAUGGAUCCACUUCUUUGUGGAAACAGCUCUGAUGCUGGUUUGUGUCCUGAGGGAUAUAUAUGCUUGAAAGCUGGGAAGAACCCUAACUAUGGCUACACCAGCUUUGACAGCUUUGGCUGGGCUUUCCUUGCCCUCUUUCGUCUAAUGACGCAGGACUUCUGGGAGGACCUCUUCAAGUUGACACUGCGGGCUGCUGGGAAGACAUAUAUGAUUUUCUUUGUUGUCAUAAUCUUCCUGGGCUCCUUCUACCUUAUCAACUUAAUCUUGGCUGUCGUUGCCAUGGCAUAUGCAGAGCAAAACGAGGCAACUAUAGCUGAGGCAAAGGAGAAGGAAGAAGAAUAUGCUAAAAUUAUGGAGCAGCUUAAAAAACAGGGAGCCGAGAAACGUCGAAAGCUGGCAGCUACCGAAGGCUCUGAGCAUAACUUUGCUGAUGACGAGCGAAGCCUGGGAGAAGAUGACAAAGUUAAAGCAGACUCUGAAGGCAUAAAACUAAAACCUCUGUCAAAUGAGGAGGCUGCUGUCAAUGGAUCAAAGGUCAGCAUAGACUAUCUGGAAGGGCAGAAAAGGGCAGACAGUGCAGAGAUUAUGGCAAGAGAUGAAUUCGAUGACCUUGAAGAAAUGCAGAGACCAUGUCCGCCCCUCUGGUACAAGUUUGCAGAUAUAUUCCUGAAGUGGAAUUGCUGUACACCUUACGUCAAAUUCAAGAAAUUUGUGUACCUUAUUGUGAUGGACCCUUUUGUAGACCUGGGCAUCACAAUCUGUAUCGUCUUAAACACAGUUUUCAUGGCAAUGGAACACUUUCCAAUGACAGAACAAUUUGAAGAAUUGCUGAGCGUUGGAAAUCUGGUGUUCACCGGGAUUUUCACAGCUGAGAUGGUGCUUAAACUCAUUGCUAUGGAUCCAUACUAUUACUUCCAGGUUGGCUGGAACAUUUUUGACAGCAUCAUUGUGACAAUGAGUCUGGUGGAGCUGGGUCUGGCAAAUGUUCAGGGUCUAUCUGUGCUGCGGUCCUUUCGUUUGAUGCGUGUGUUCAAGCUGGCUAAAUCCUGGCCCACCUUGAACAUGCUGAUUAAGAUUAUUGGUAAUUCUGUGGGUGCUCUGGGAAACCUGACCCUGGUCCUGGCAAUUAUCGUCUUCAUCUUUGCUGUGGUGGGCAUGCAGCUUUUUGGAAAGAGCUACAAGGACUGUGUCUGUAAGAUAUCUCAAGACUGCCUGCUGCCUCGCUGGCACAUGACAGACUUCUUCCACUCGUUUCUCAUCAUCUUCCGUAUCCUUUGCGGAGAAUGGAUUGAGACUAUGUGGGAUUGCAUGGAGGUGGCUGGCCAGACCAUGUGUAUCGUUGUCUUUAUGAUGGUGAUGAUCAUUGGGAACUUGGUGGUCUUGAAUCUCUUCCUCGCCUUGUUACUAAGUUCCUUCAGCGGAGAUAACUUGGCUUCAUCGGAUGAUGAUGGAGAGAUGAACAACCUACAGAUCGCUAUUGCCAGAAUCACCAGAGGCGUAGGCUGGGCAAAGGCCUUCAUUUUAAGAAUUUUAAGACAGUUACUAGGCCUUAAGUCCAAGGAAGAAGAGAAAGAUAGGGAUGAAGAUGACUCAAAAAAGGGCAAUAACUUUGUCCUCAAUCACAUUAACUCAGGUGAAGAUUCAAAGACUGCUCUCAAAUUGAUGGAUGACGUGUCUGGAUGGGCAGAUGAUGCCCAUUCAGGUAAAUACGCUGUGAAUGCUAACAUGGCCCUUGUGCCCAUCGCCAAAGGAGAGUCUGAUUUUGAAAGUCCUUAUGAUGAUGAAAAUGACAGUGCUUCAGAUGAUGAAACUGGAAAGGAGGAUGUUGACGAAAAGAGGAAGAUGAAAGGUGCUAUUGACGAUGACUCGUCCAGUUGUAGUACAGUGGACAAACCGCCUCAUGUGCUGGAGGCUGAAUCGGAGGAUGAGCAAGAUGAUUCCAUCCCACAAGACUGUUACACAGAGAAAUGCAUUCAGCGAUGCCCUUGCUUAGAUGUGGACGUCUCCAAGGGCAAAGGGAAGGCCUGGUGGAACUUCCGUAAAACUUGCUAUACCAUAGUGGAGCACAACUACUUUGAGACCUUCAUCAUAUUCAUGAUUCUGUUAAGCAGUGGUGCUUUGGCUUUUGAGGACAUCUACAUUGAACAACGAAGAGUCAUUAAAAUCAUACUUGAAUAUGCAGAUCAAGUCUUCACUUAUGUGUUUGUCGUCGAGAUGCUCCUAAAAUGGUCUGCCUAUGGUUUCAAGGUGUACUUCACAAAUGCAUGGUGCUGGCUGGACUUCCUUAUUGUCGAUGUGUCCUUGAUCAGUUUGACAGCAAAUAUUUUAGGUUACUCUGAACUUGGACCCAUCAAGUCUCUCAGGACUUUGAGGGCACUGAGGCCAUUGCGAGCGCUAUCCAGAUUUGAGGGAAUGAGAGUGGUGGUAAACGCCCUGGUUGGGGCAGUCCCCUCCAUCUUCAAUGUGCUUCUGGUAUGCCUCAUCUUCUGGUUAAUCUUCAGCAUCAUGGGAGUGAACCUGUUUGCUGGAAAGUUUUAUUUCUGCUACAACACCACCUCUGAGGAGAUUUUUCCCGUCGAAGUUGUGAACAAUAAGACUGAAUGCUACGAGUUGAUAGAAGCGAACUUCACUGAAGUGAGAUGGAUGAACCUGAAGGUCAACUUUGACAAUGUGGGCAUGGGCUACCUCUCUCUACUUCAAGUGGCUACAUUUAAAGGCUGGAUGGAAAUCAUGUAUCAUGCUGUGGAUUCCCGUGAUGUGGAGGAGCAGCCAUUAUAUGAGGCAAAUCUCUACAUGUACCUUUAUUUUGUUAUUUUCAUCAUCUUUGGAUCCUUCUUCACUCUCAAUUUAUUCAUUGGUGUCAUCAUUGACAAUUUCAACCAACAAAAGGCAAAGAUAAGAGGGAAAGACAUCUUCAUGACAGAGGAGCAGAAGAAGUACUACAAUGCCAUGAAAAAAUUAGGUUCCAAAAAACCACAGAAACCUAUCCCAAGACCUUCGAACUUCUUCCAAGGACUUGUUUUUGACUUGGUCACCAAGCAGUUUUUUGACUUCGCUAUCAUGGGGCUGAUCUGUCUCAACAUGAUUACUAUGAUGGUUGAAACUGAUGACCAAAGUCAGGAGAUGGAGGAAAUCCUCUAUAUGAUCAAUCUAGUCUUUAUUGUGAUCUUCACAGCAGAGUGUGCUCUUAAGCUUAUUGCUUUACGCCAAUACUUCUUUUCUGUUGGGUGGAAUAUUUUUGAUUUCGUCGUGGUGAUUCUCUCCAUAGUGGGUCUCCUGCUUUCAGAUAUUAUAGAGAAGUACUUCGUCUCGCCAACUCUUUUUCGUGUCAUCCGUCUGGCCAGAAUUGGUCGUGUUCUGCGUCUCAUAAGAGGUGCUAAGGGCAUCAGGACAUUAUUAUUUGCACUGAUGAUGUCUCUUCCAGCUCUGUUUAACAUUGGGCUUCUUCUCUUCUUGAUAAUGUUCAUUUUCUCUAUUUUUGGUAUGUCCAACUUUGCGUAUGUGAAAAAAGAGGCCGGCAUUGAUGACAUGCUUAAUUUUGAGACCUUCGGCAACAGUAUCAUAUGCCUCUUUAUGAUAACAACUUCAGCUGGAUGGGAUGGACUUCUGUCUCCAAUUCUUAAUAGUCCUCCAGACUGUGAUCCACUUGCUGAGAAUCCUGGUUCAGAUGUGCUGGGCAACUGUGGCAAUGCUGGCGUAGGCAUUGUGUUCUUUUGCAGCUACAUUGUCAUGUCCUUCCUGGUUGUUGUUAACAUGUACAUUGCCAUCAUCCUUGAGAAUUUCAACGUGGCCACCGAGGAAAGCAGUGAUCCUCUCUGUGAGGAUGACUUUGAGAUGUUUUAUGAGACUUGGGAGAAAUUUGAUCCAGAUGCAUCACAGUUCAUUGAUUACAGUGUACUGUCAGACUUUGCUGAUACUCUGCAAGAGCCAUUGAGGAUUGCAAAGCCAAACACAGUUAAGUUGAUCUCAAUGGAUCUCCCUAUGGUCCCUGGGGACAAGAUCCACUGUCUGGACAUCCUACUUGCCCUGACCACAGAAGUGCUGGGUGAGUCAGGAGAGAUGGACUCUCUUAAAGCAAGCAUGGAGGAGAAAUUUAUGGCCAACAAUCCCUCAAAAGUUUCCUAUGAGCCAAUUACAAGCACCCUGAGGCGCAAGCAGGAGGAAGUGGCAGCCAUGACCAUCCAAAGAGCCUACCGCAAGCACAUGCUCAAACGUUCUCUCAAACAUGCCUCUUUCAUGUUUCGUGACAAGUCAGAUUCAAAGAGGGAUGAUGAAGAGGCACCAGAGAAAGUUGGAAUGAUUGCCAAAAGAAUGAGUGAAUUCUAUGGCAGUCAGGCUCCUCUAAAGAACGCAACUGUUGUGGAUAUGACUUGCUCUGAGAGAGAUGUCAAAGGAGACACAGCAAAGAUUCCAAUCAAGGCCCCAAAGGACAACCAGUCUCCCUCCGUAGAGGUUCAGAGUGAAGUGGUCUUGCACGCCGCUCCUUCCACUAUACCUGAAUCUUCAACCUUUGUGGACAGCUUGAGAGAGUCCAUUGUGUGAUAUGUAUCAUUCAAGAGAGAAAGGCUGUCUCUCAAACAAAAGGUACAACAGGUGGGUGUAACACCCUCUAUUAGAUUCCUUAUUCAAAGUAAGGUUCUGGUAAAUGCAGCUAAAAGAAAGGGUGACUCAGGAUCAUGAUUUGGAAAUGCUCGGCUAAUUGAGAGUGUUAAAAAUUGACAGAGAACAAGUUGAAUGUUGCAAUCAGUUAAGCUAAUAAGGCUGAUGGUCAGAAGUAUUCAUACUUGUGCAUCAAUACUGCUCUUUACAAGAUGGCUGCAAAUUGUAAUGUUCUUUAAUGACUACAAGCCCCUUGUCAGGAACUUGGAUAUAUAAUAGAUUAGCCUGUUCAAGUUUUGAAGGUUAUGCUGAUUGUCUGAGCCACUGCUAUGGUUCAUAAACCUCACUGCAGAAUUUCUUCUUCCAGUAUCUACUAUAACUUUAAGUAGUUCAAACCCACAUCUUGAUCUACCUUGACAGUCGCACUUAAUUUUAAUAUAAAAAUUUGUGUUAUGUAUUAAAUUACUUUGUAACAUUUGACAGUUAGACUCGAUAGCUCUUUUUUAACCUUUAAACUUAAUCUUUAACUUUUUGUGUGAGGUUGGGAUAUUUUAUAUAAAUCAGUAUUUGUUUCCAAUUAAAUUAAUUGCACUAACAUCUUUGACAUCAAAUACAUUUAAAGUGGAUGUGACUGAGACUUAAAUUUACAGAGAAAUAAAUAUACAAACCAGUACUAAAUUCCCUAUUACAACAAAAACUGUGCUUAUAAUCAAACCAAAAAUAAGGUAUGUAAAGUCAGUAUAAUUUGAAGUAAAAAGGUAAUGAGUAUGGGCAAGUUGUAAACCACAAGUCUCUUAAAGAUUGAGAAGACUUUGACAGCAGACAUUUAUCUUCUAAAAUAACACUGCAACACAAACACUGCAAGUUUCAUGUAAUAUUUCUGUUACAGAUCAGAAGCCCCACCAAUAUAUGUAAAUGUUAUGAAAGAAGCAAAUGACUCUGUAAUUAAACAUUACUGUUAUCUCCUUGCUGUCUACCAACUCACUCAUGAUUUUAAUGUGAAAAAUAAACAUUAAAUUGCAGAAGAGCAGGAUAUAGACUCUUUGAGUAAAGACUGAAGUGUCUAUCUGUCAUCCACACAAAAUAUAAAUAUACAAUCUGUACAAAUAUGGUUAAGGUUAUAUUUUCUCAUUCACUAAAACACAUGCUUCAGUGGAUGGACCACACAAGUAAACUGUUAAUUCUCCAGGAACUGUAGAGGUAUUACCCUUUUAAUCAUUGACUGGGUGACUUGGCACCUCAAUUUUAUAGGUGUUGCAGUGCCUUCUUUCAGACAUAUUUUAUUUAGCCAAUUAUUACUUUUUUUACAGUCCAACCUGCAAAAGUGAAAAAAUAACCUUUAAUUUAGGAUGAAAUAUAUAUUUUAUAUUUUACUGAUCCUUGUUAGACACAUAGCAUACAACCCUCAGUAAGUAAUAUUUCAAUUGGGGGGGUGGGGGUGGGGGGCUUUCAACUGAAACAAAAUUUCAUUUAUUUUCUAAAAAAUAUUUUACAAAAUUGUGUGAAUGUUUACCGUAGUUGCAAUUUGUCUCUUCUAAGCCUGUGACAAAAAAAAAAAAAUCCAAGCAAUAUAUAGUUUUAUAAGUAUACUUUUUAUGCAAAUUUAUACUUGCUGCGUUGUCUCAGAAUUGUACUAUUCAGCCUGUAAAGUUAGAAUUAAAAAUCAAAUCUGCCAUUUAUUUUGAGCUAUCCUAACAUUUGGGAAGUUUAUGGUGCAUAUUUGUAUUUUGUAGUGGCACUUUAUCGAAAUGUCCAGAAUUUUAAAUUUGUGCUAUGUCUUAAAAGAGUUACUGAAGUGGAGGUCUAUUUUUCUUCGUAUCAGUGUGUUCCUGUUGCCAAAUUAGGGCAGGUGGUAGGGGUUGAUUAAAAAAGAAACCCAGUGAGAGAUGUUUCACCAUUUCACCAGAUGUAUUGACAUGCUGAUAAUUGAUAUUCAUAGUCCUGCCAUGAACUAUUGUUAAUCAGGAAGCAUUUAAUGAAAGAGCAAUUUAUUAACCUCACAAUAUAAUUGGUAAUAUGUAUUGAUCAGAUUUUUCCUCAUUAAAUAAAGCUACACAAUGUAGUUUAUACAGAAUUAUUGCUCACAUCACUGUUUCAAAAACGUAUUCAUUAAAUACUGUAAAAGAAAGAAGUAACUUUAAUAAUUUCUAAAAAAAAACAAAAACAAAAAAAAAAACAAAAAAAACUCUGUGUCUAGUUUCAUUUAUGAACUUUUCACUAAAACACCUGACAAUAUUUCACUGUAUGAAUUACUGUAUAAAACUGAAUGACCUGCUUUCAUUUCUUUUCUGCUCUUUUCUUUAUUCUUCAACAAUGUACAUUUCACAUCUAAUUUUUGUGGCUAUCAUGUUGAAUCUAUGACAUCCUGGAUCACCGUGCCACGACUGUAUGCCCUCUAUUUGUACAUAUUGUAUGUUUAACUUCAUUCUGGUUUUCUAAUGAUUCUUCAAUGUAUUUUGUAGUUGUAUGUUUGUUGAUGGCUACUUAAAAGCCUUUCUUUAUUGAUAUAUGAAAAUAUAUAUAUAUCGCCAAACAUCCAAACAUAAACAAUAUAUCUUGUGUAUAGAUUUUGUUUCUAAGAACAUUCAUGUAAUGAAUUAUAAUGAUAGCACAACACACUUCACAGAACUUCCAUUCAAUUGUUCAUGUUGAUUUGGUUCAUUUGGAAUAAUUUUCAUUGUUUUGUCUGGAAUCUGGGUUUAUUCAAGUUGGCUAAAGUUAGCAUGCGCCAUCUACUGGUAGGAUUGGUGAACUUGGAAAAAAUUAAAUCUUUCCAGAAUCUGUCAUCUGUUUUUAAAACGUGCUAAAUUGGGCUUCCUGUAACCAAAGAUGUAUACAAUAUAUACAAGGUUUAAUGUUUUUCUUUUUUCUUAUUUCAUUUAAUGCUGUUUUUAAUUCAUUUAUUUAUUCAUGUGAUCUAUUAAGUCUGAGAAGACAGCAUGUCAGAUGAACGACUCAGAUGAUGUAGCUGUAGCCACUAAGAGCAGCAGAUAUUAGCAGUAGAAGACAUUUACUGCAGAUCAUAAAUAAACUUUCACCUUGUUAUCACCUCUCAAA